CACUUUGCGGUGGCCUCCGUCUCCCUCUGAGGGGGUUCUCUCCAUCCUGCAGAAGCACCACUGAUGAAGAAAGGUCCGUUACUGGGAGCUCUGCCUGAGCCUCUGUGAGCCUCCUCGUGGCUGGCUUCUGAAGGGGCAGCUGCCAGGCCCCUGCAGGGAGCGCUUGUCCCUGUGGGGUGGGGUACCUGGCUCGCCAUCCCUGCACUUGUUACCUGCAGGGAAGCCUCGUGUCUUCCUUGCAAGCAACCGCACAACUCAGAACCUACAGUGCAGUGGAACGGGGUCAGCCCUGGCCUUCUUUCUCUCACAGCCCACGCCCACUCUGUCAGCAGAUGCCCACGGCCAGAGCCUGCCCUCCCUCCCCUGCUGCCACUGCCUGGCCAGCCGCCCGCGUCCGGCCCUGGGUUACCAUGGUCUGCUCCCUGUUCCGCAUCGUCCCUGAGCUGCUCCCAGCACAGCAGCCGGAGCACGGCCACCACGCACAGGCCAAGGCAGAGCCUGCACCUCCCUCCCUCGCCCUCCACCUGCCCGCGGCUUCCUCAGACUUCCAGGCUCCCUUACUCCCAGCCUCUGCUCUCACCCUUGCCGCUGCUGCCACUGUUUGUUACUCCUCCCCCCGCUGGAGUGCGAAGAAGACAGGGCGUUCUUGUGCGGAACAGAACAGGGCUCAGUGCACCGUAGGCCGCUCGAUAACACGAUGGGAUGGACAGAUGAAUUUUUCUGGGUUUUUCCCCUUACCAAAUUAGAUCUAUAGAAGCUCUCUUAAUAUGUCUUCUUCCUUUAAAAAAAAAAACAAAGAAUUUUUUGCUCUGGAAUAUUGUAGGGAAGGGGAGGGAGAGGAGAUGGAGGGAGAGGAAGAAGACGGGAGCCAUGCUUCUGCUGUCCAGAAGAGUCGGAAUCAUUCUGAGUUCUGCAGAGGCGCUCCUGCGUGUGGCUGCCCCGGGCACCAGGCAGCCUGCACACAUUCUCCCUUCCCCGCCCAAAGCCUGGCUGCAGGUCAUCCUGGUCCUCCGCGUCCAUUCUGCUACAUUAGCUCCAGUCUCUGAGACAGUCAAACGCUUCAGAGAACCAAAGCAUGAAAGACGUCCAUGGAGGAUAUGGUUUUUAGACACUUCCAAACAAGCCAUAGGAAUGCUGUUCAUCCACUUUGCAAAUGUAUACCUAGCAGAUCUCACUGAAGAGGACCCUUGUUCACUGUACCUCAUCAACUUCCUCCUGGACGCCACCGUGGGCAUGCUGCUCAUCUACGUGGGGGUGCGUGCCGUCAGCGUGCUGGUGGAGUGGCAGCAGUGGGAGUCCCUGCGCUUUGGCGAAUAUGGAGACCCUCUGCAGUGUGGAGCCUGGGUCGGGCAGUGCGCUCUUUACAUCGUGAUCAUGAUUUUUGAAAAAUCUGUCGUCUUCAUCGUCCUGUUAAUACUUCAGUGGAAAAAGGUGGCCCUGUUGAAUCCCAUUGAAAACCCAGACUUGAAACUGGCCAUCGUCAUGCUGAUCGUCCCCUUCUUUGUCAACGCUUUGAUGUUUUGGGUAGUGGACAAUUUCCUCAUGAGAAAAGGGAAGACGAAAGCUAAGCUAGAAGAAAGGGGAGCCAACCAGGACUCAAGGAACGGGAGCAAGGUCCGCUAUCGGCGGGCCGCGUCCCACGAGGAGUCUGAGUCUGAGAUCCUGAUCUCGGCCGACGACGAGAUGGAGGAGUCCGACGCGGAGGAGGAUCUCCGCAGACUGACCCCGCUCAAGCCUGUGAAGAAAAAGAAGCACCGCUUUGGGCUGCCUGUAUGACACAGUCCCCUGCUGGGGGUGACGGGCCACGGGUCUGUGGCCCGGUCGGCCACGUCGAUCCUCCCCUCCUCUCUCUGCCCCUCCUCUUCUACCUCCACUCCGUGCUGUCUCUGCCCACUCUACCCGCCCCAGACUACUGUGGCCUGCAGAGAGGGGAGAGGAGCCAGCGCCCGCAGGGCCACGGGCGCCUGGAGGUCCCCACUCAGUUGCACUACAAACACUGACCAAAUAUGCAAGCGAGGAGCUUUGUUUGUUUGUUGUUGUCCUGAGCAGUGUUGUCAGGGACCCCGAGGCCCGGCCCCGUCCGACUGGUGGCGUGGAGGAAGAAGGCAGGCACACGCAGACUGCGGGGCCCUUUUGCUGGGCUGUGGGCAGUGUGAGCACGUGACGCAAUCUGGGCUAAAAGUCACUCAUUGACCAAGUCAGAACCAGAAUGCUUUCUUACUAGAAAUGGCUUUUGUAACUAUUGAUUUUUGGAGCCGGUUUUAUGAGCCGUGGCAGUGUUACUGGUUUUUGAGUAGGUGUUUAUUUCCUACAAAGUACCUUUGGGACUAAUGGGCAAAACAGAGAUUUUUAAGUCUUCCGUAUGCUGUUUGACUUUUAUAUUUUUAAGUUAUAUUUUCAUACUAUUGUAUUUAAAACUCUUUUUAAUCCCCAAAGAAAUGGGUUUGUUUGCCUUUCAUGGGGUGUGAGCUGGUGGGAGGGAAAAUUAAGGAGUUUUCCACUUGGAAUAUU